GCGCGCGACCCGUAGAGGCCUCGCGUCAUCCUCGGGCCCUCGCGCGGCGGGUCCGGCCGGCGGGGCGGGCGGCGAAAAAAUGCUGAGAAGUCUGAAAGGACUUGUCUACUAUCCUCUAAAGCUGGACCAUGGGUAUGCCCUCCAUGCAGCAGCCAGUUCCAUUGCCAGCCAGGAUGUCCAAACACUGGCUGAAAGACCAAGAGCUUUUUUCUAUACCAACGAGAGUGACCCGGCCAAGCACACAGAGCUCCAUGAGGGUCGCCACUACAGCAUCCCCCUGGAGGAGCUGAGAGCUGUAUUUCCACAUGGACUGCCCUCCCGCUUCCAGCAGCAGAUUAAGACCUUCAAUGAAGCCUUCGUGAUGGUGCGAAAACCAGCCCUAGAACUCUUCACUUACCUGAAAAGCUCCAACUUGGCACACCCAGCAGUCAGAUAUGUGAUCUAUGGUGAGAAAGGAACAGGGAAGACCAUGACCCUGUGUCACGUGGUUCACUACUGCGCCAGGCAGGGCUGGCUGGUGCUGCACGUCCCCGAUGCUCAUCUCUGGGUGAAAAACUGCAGGGAACUUAUGCAGUCUUCGUAUAACAAAGACCGGCUUGAUCAGCCUUUGCAAGCAUCUUCCUGGCUCAAGAACUUCAAAACCUCCAAUGAGCACUUCCUGAAAGAGAUAAAAACACAAAAAAAGUAUGUCUGGGGCAAACGAGAAAGCACUGAGGAGGGAAGGCCUUUGGGUGAAGUGGUGGAACAGGGCUUGGCUCGGGUGAGAAAUGCCAGUGAUGCUGUGGGGGUUGUGCUGAGGGAGCUCAAGCAGCAGUGUGGGAAAGGCUCAUUCCAACUGCUCGUGGCUGUGGACGGCGUCAAUGCGCUCUGGGGAAGGACUACGCUAAAGAAGGAAGACAAGAGCCCUGUUUCUCCAGAGGAGCUGACACUUGUGUACAACCUUAGGAAGAUGAUGAUGAACAAUUGGAACGGAGGAGCUGUUGUGACCACCCUCAGCCAGACAGGCUCUCUCUUCAAGCCCAGCUCUGCCUAUUUGCCCCAGGAAUUGCUGGGAAAGGAGGGGUUCGACGCGCUGGACCCUUUCGUCCCCAUCCCGGUUCCCAACUACAGCCCGCGGGAGUUCGAGAGCUGCUAUGGCUACUACCUCGACCGCAAGUGGCUGCAGCACGAAAAAGCGCGCACGGAGGACGGCAAGGAGGAGCUGCGGUUCCUGAGCGGCUCCAACCCGCGGCAGCUGGAGCGGCUGGCGGGGCCCCUGUAGCGCAAUAAAGGCUGGAGCGGCCGCCGCUCCCCCCGGU